AGGUAAGUAGACUCCUAUGGGUGUUUAUGCGCAUCUACUUUCUAUAAUUAUUAUAAACAGAACCAAGAGGAAGGAAUGUACUUAGUCUAUGUCUCUGCCAAAGGGGAGGCCGUUAAAACACCCCCAGAGAUAGAGACCAUCGUCGCUAAGUACCCUGAUCUGUUCGAGCAGCCUACAGGAGUCGUAGACAGGGAGGUUGUUCAUGCCAUAGAGAUCAUCCCAGGUAGUAAGACACCUAAGGGUAGAAUCUAUAGGAUGGCUUCGGCCGAGUUGGACGAGCUUCGGUGGCAACUGAAAGAGCUCACAGAGAAGGGCUGGAUUCGGCCUAGCACUUCCCCCUUUGGCUCACCAGUAUUGUUUGUUCCAAAGAAAGGGGGAACACUAAGGAUGUGCAUUGACUAUAGAGGCCUCAAUGCCAUCACCGUUAAGAACGCAGAGGCUCUACCACGCAUCGACAACCUAUUGGAUAGGGUGCAGGGAUAUAAGUACUACACCAAGAUAGACUUAAAAUCCGGCUACCAUCAGAUUGCCAUUAGACCAGAGGACCAGCACAAAACCGCAUUUCAGACCAGGUACAGUCUAUACGAGUUUGUGGUGAUGCCCUUUGGCCUUUGCAAUGCGUCGGGUACAUUCCAGCACGCCAUGAAUAGGAUCUUCCAUGAUUACUUGGACAAGUUUGUUGUCGUGUACCUCGACGACAUACUUAUCUUCAGUAGAUCUGUCGAGGAGCAUGCUCAGCAUGUAGACACAGUACUUUCACUCCUGCGACAACAUAAGUAUAAGAUAAACGUAGAGAAAUGCGAGUUCGGUCUCACUCGAAUCUUGUACUUGGGUCAUGAAGUAUCCGCGGAUGGGAUUAGGCCCGAAGAUGCAAAGGUGGCCAACAUACGUGACUGGCCACGAUCCCAGUCUGUGACUGAGGUCAGAUCAUUCUUGGGAAUGUGUGGUUAUUACCGCAACUUCGUGAAAAAUUAUAGCACGAUCACAUCUCCCUUGACUGAUCUAACUCGACUCGACACACCAUGGGACUGGACCGACGAGUGUGAGGCAGCUUUCAAGCGUUUGAAGCAUGCUCUCACGCAUCAUGAGGUUCUCAUGGUACUCGACCCGCAAAGGCCAUUCGUUGUAACCACUGACGCAAGUCAAUAUGGGAUUGGCGCAGUGCUGGCUCAGCAGGAAGGGAAGAAGUUGAGACCGAUCGAGGACAUGAGCAAAAAGAUGCCUUCAAAGAAGUUGGCAAAGUCCACCUACGAGAGGGAACUCUACGCUCUUUACAAGGCACUUGUCCACUGGAGGCCGUACCUGUUAGGAAGGUUGGCAGAGAAGAAGAAGGAAAGGGAAGCUAAGAAAAGACAGAAGGAAGAAGAAGCGAAAAAGAAAUUGAAGGAAAAGAUAAAAAAAGAAUUAGAAGAAGAACUGAAGAGUAUCCAAGAAGAAGAAGAGGAAGAAGAGCAGGAAGAAGGGGAGACUCUAGAAAGACGUCGUCGCCUCAACUUACGUGAGAGUAGUCGUACCGCAGCAGACCGGCUGCCAGUCGAACCACUGGACUGGGCUGGUCAGUACUCCUACACGAGCGAACCAUUACAUGAAUCUGAAGAGGAGCGAGAUAUGUUCGUCGCAAGGCUGGCCACCGUAACUGAUUUGGCUGAACGAAAUUUGAUGUUGGAGGAGAAGAGGGACGAACUGCAUAACAGAUUGCUAGCAGCCAAGAGGCAAGAAUUGGAAGAGAAAAAGAGGCUGCAGGCAGAGGGGGAGAAGUUGCAGAAAGAGUUAGCAGCUCAAAAGGACAAACCAGCUGCAACAGACGAACAACUUGCCCUCCUCAGAGAGGUCGUCCUCAACACAAUACAAGAAAUGACCUUAAUGCAUCGGACCAAGGACGUUGACCAGCACAUCCAGACUUAUAUCAAAGCAUUAGAGGAACACAUCAACAAGACCUUCACUCCCGAAGUCAUAGACAAAAUUGUCAAGGGAGUUGGAGGCGGAGGAGGAGACGACGGCGAUGACGACGAUGAUGAUAAGAAGGGGAAAGGGGAUGGAGACCGGAAGGGAAAGCUUCCACAGGAAGUAGGGCAGGUCACCAAGAUUAAACUCAAACUGCCAUGGACCUAUAACGGGAAAAAAGAUGAAAGUGUUCUGCAUUGGAUGGCAGCAAUUGAGUCCUACGUAUACAGGCAGCGAAUUCCAUAUUGGGACAGGGUGCUGAUGGCGAGUUCGUGUAUGGGAGGCGAUGCCAUGAGCUUCGCAAUCUCGCUGCAAAAGGAGGCAGGUUGCGGCUCAAUGGUAGAGUUCUCACAGCAAACGCGGAUUGAAGACUUUCUUAAAGCAGUUCGAGAAAGAUUUGGGGACAAGAACUUAGGUCAUCGCACAGAGAUGCUAAUCCUCAACCUCCCUGAUAGAAAAUGGAAGAGCACCUCUGCCCUGAAAGCAACCAUGGAUGGAUUGUUACAAUGCCCCGACCAUGGACUUACACCUGCCCAGAUUCUGAAUAGCUUUGCACGAGCACUUCCUGAUCCCUUGCGAACACAACUGUAUCCCCGUGUCAAGGAAGAUGGAAUGACGUACGAGAAGUUCAGCAAGAUCGCGAUAGAUCAUGCUGGCUUCCUCGCUGAAGCAAAUUACUGCCACUACUGGAAAGAUAUGCAAGCGGGAAAGAAGUGGCAAAACCGCACUAUCUCAGAGUCUAUACCUGGGAAGGAUAGUCUCCUUCUAACCUUUGAAGGAGGCGUCGAGACCAUCUCCUGGGACCAGGUGUCCUAAACUUAAAACAGUUACAGUGUCUUUUUAACUUUCUUGAAAAGACUACAGGCGCGGUGCGUGUUAUUCCCAUAGUCGGAGACUAGACGCUUCCAAAACGUUCCUAAUAAGAAAAGGCGUCGUUUCAAUAUAUCGAGUGCCCGUGUCCCUGGUUGGAGGAGGGGACCUGCUACCUCUCUGAGGCCUCAGGUAAUGGGCCCCCUCCAGUGGGGCCGUGGAAGUGAGACCCAUGAUCGACCCUUCAGGCCACAGGGAAACACCCCUAGAGCCUAAUCAAAGGGGUGAGGAAGAUAAAUCAAACUAGUAUAG